AUGGAUGUUAAUCGUUUUCAUUUCAUUGAAGGUGAUACUGAUUCAUCUUAUUGGGCAAUCGCUGGCGACCCAAAUCUUCCUAACACUCAAGCAUUUCAAGCAAUUGUUACUGAUAAACAAUUUUAUGAUAAAAACAUUUACAAAUUCACACCAUUUGAUUUCUUUUGUUUUGAUGAGAAAUUUAAACCUAAAUUAAAGAAUAAAGCUGAAGAAAAAGCACAUGAGAAGAAGUUAUUGGGUUUAGCAAUUGAGAAACAAGGUGAUAACAUGGUUGCUUUAUGCCCCAAGUGUUAUACAUCAUUCAACGGUUCAAUUGAUGGAAGUGAUUUUAAAAAGAUUGCACAAAAAAUGAAAGGAGUUAGUUUACGACAAAAUAAACAAUUAACACUUAAAAAUUAUUUGGAUAUAAUAAAUGAUAAAGUGAUAUUUGAUGGUCAGAAUAUUAAUUUACAACUUAAAAACGGGUCUAUGACCCGCUUAACAAUCGGUAAGACUGCAUUAACAGGAGCACACACUAAGGCUGUAUGUUGUGAAAAUGGAUGUUGUAUGCCAUUUAUUUAA